UGAACGUUGCUCACGUCCGCAGGAGAAUGCUUUAGAUACCCUGCACGUGUCCCCUGGGUAGCGCUAAACGAGCAACUACAAUAGAGGCGAUUGUAGACAAUUUGUUUCCACCUAUACUUAUUUCGAAUGCAAUAAUUAUGCUCCAGAACAAGAAUACAUGUCAACAGACUAGAGAUGUUGGACCUUCUGUCCGCAUCUGCCAACUAAACAUCGAAGGCAUUAGCCGCUCAAAAUGUGACUACUUGUACAGAAUCCUGAUGGAGCAAAAAAUUGACAUAGUUUGCAUUCAGGAGACGCACACCAAAGACGAACAAGACCUGGUUAAUAGAGGUUCCAUUCCGGGCUACUCCAUUGUUACGGCGGUUCAUCAUCCUAAAGUGGCGUUGAAAACACUAUUUUUGUUCACAAUUUUAACUGACUAGUAGCGUUGUCAUCUCUCUCUAUCACUCUUCCAUAUUAGUGCGACAGUGACAGUUGUGUUUCGUUCGCUACGGAGCGCUAACGAUUGGCACGUUGGCUACGCACACUUGUGGAACGCAACGCCCCACGUUAGGAUAUAAUGCGCACGCGUUUCGGCACAUGAUUUAAUUUCGAGCAACCACCGAAAGCACUCACUUGUGCGGCGUUUGAUGGUAUUUUAACUAUUUCUUAGGCGUUAUUUGGUUUACGGCGUUACAGUUCAGUGCAUAGUAUUUACAAUGAAGUUUUUGGUUUCUUUAUUGUUUAUAAUUCAAAUCGCAGUUGCUGUAAAAUACAGAACAGUGUUACCUAUUGUAUUAUGGCAUGGAAUGGGAGACGUAUGCUGUCUUCCCAUAAGCACAGGAAUCUUGAGACUCUUCCUAUUCAAACACAUCCCAGAUGUCUACAUCCUAUCUAUGGAGACUAGCGACAAUAGUAUAAUAGCGCUGGAGGACAGUUACUUCUUGAACCCUAAUAAGCAAGUGGACUACGCUUGUAUGGUGCUGAGAGCAGAUAAGCACUUGAAGAACGGGUUUAAUGUUAUCGGGCUUGGGCAAGGCAGUUUGUUCCUUCGAGCCGUAAUCCAGCGAUGUGGCCACAAGCUGCCUCCCAUCAAAAACUACAUUUCUUUCGGAGGCCCCCAGCAGGGGAUAUACGGCCUUCCACAGUGCAUAGCCUUGUCUCACCAGACCUGUAGCUCCAUGCAAGAACUCCUCGAGUUAGCGGCGUACCACAGCAUGACUCAAAACGCCAUUAUACCAGCGACAUACUGGCAUGACCCCCUUCGUGAUGAUGAAUAUAAGAAGAAAAGUAUAUUUCUCGCCGAUAUCAACAACGAGCAAGUCAUCAAUGAAUUGUACAGAUGGAACCUUAAAAAACUGCAGCACUUCGUGAUGGUGAAAUUUGAGAAUGACAGUGUAGUGCAACCUCGGGAGUCAGAGUGGUUCGGCUAUUACACGCCUGGACAGAUGCAGGAAAUGCAGACGCUACGGCAAUCUAAGAUUUAUCUGGAGGAUCGCCUGGGACUACAAGAAAUGGACCGUGCCGGUAAACUUGUUUUCCUAUUGCAUCCCAACGAACACCUUCAGUUGGACUCGGCGUGGAUGUUUGAACACAUCAUGCCAUAUCUAGUUGAUAAACAGUUCAAUCAAGCUACGGACUAUGUGUCAAUUAAUAUCUAAAUUAGCAGCUCGAAAUGAGUAAUCCAUAUUGAGAUUGAAAAUUUCCUUUAUCUGAUAAGGUAAGAUAUUGCAACAAUCUUGUUAAUGAAUCUUAGCCAUUAAAUCAGUUUAAUCAGCGAAUAAAAAGGUGUUAAAUAACUUAUCCUAAAAGUUACUUGAAUUACAUUUUAAAACAUUGAA